CUUAUCUUAUCCAACAUUUUGUUGCGCUUACCUUUGCGACAUCGUCACUUAAGGUAUUGGUUAUCGACUACCUACCUUUGCACAAAGCGCCCGACGCCCUCACUAAACGCUACCAAUCGAAUUGCAUACAAUCUGCACAUUAUAGAAACUGACAUAUCUCACGUUUUGUCUCCUAUGGCACCGUCGGUAAAGAAACGAAAGGUGUCUCGAUCCGAGACCCUCCAGAACGAUCACGAUGAUAACUCUCAGGCUGGGACAUCCUCUUCGCCUACCGAGUCUGCUACGCUAGUGGAUGAGAGCCCGGCCGCCGGUGAACCUGAAGCCCCCAAAAAGACAUUCAAGGAAUUGGGUCUUAUCGACAGCUUAUGCGAUGCUUGUGCUUCGUUGAAUUAUACACAUCCUACCCCUAUCCAAGCGAAGGCCAUCCCCGAAGCCCUCUCUGGCCGAGAUAUCAUAGGCCUAGCCGAGACAGGCUCUGGAAAGACGGCCGCCUUUGUACUCCCCAUAUUGCAGUCGCUUCUUGAGCGGCCUUCACCCCUAUACGCCUUGAUUUUAGCGCCCACCCGUGAAUUGGCACAGCAGAUUGGUCAGCAGGUUGAUGCUCUUGGCGCCACAAUCUCUGUCCGAAGCUGUACCAUUGUUGGAGGUCUCGACAUGGUUCAACAGGCGGUGGCAUUGUCCAAACGCCCUCACAUCGUAGUCGCUACGCCAGGAAGACUCCUCGAUCAUCUUGAAAAGACCAAAGGUUUUAAACUAAAUUCUCUUAAAUACCUCGUAAUAGACGAAGGUGACAAGUUACUUGAUAUGGACUUCGGACCAGUCAUAGACAAAUUGCUCAAGUUUUUACCAAGGGAGAGACGAACUUUCCUCUUCUCUGCAACGAUAAGCUCAAAGGUAGAAUCAUUACAAAGAGCCUCUCUACGAGACCCUGUCCGCGUUCAGGUGUCAUCCAGUAGAUACCAGACUGUAUCAACAUUAAAGCAAUACUACCUAUUCAUACCCCAGGCGUUUAAAGAUGUCUAUCUGAUAUACUUGCUGUCCGAGUUUGCAGGGCGUACGAUUUUAGUUUUCACCAGAACUGUCUUCGACGCCCAAAGAAUCUCCAUUAUGAUUAGACACCUUGGGUUCAAGGGCAUCCCUCUUCACGGACAACUAAAUCAAUCGGCCCGUCUGGGGGCGUUGAACAAAUUCAAAAGUGGUGCAAGAGAUAUCAUGGUUGCAACAGAUGUCGCAGCAAGAGGACUUGAUAUCUCUGGUGUGCAAGUGGUUUUGAAUUAUGACCUCCCUGGCGAUAGUAAAACUUAUAUCCACAGAGUUGGCCGUACGGCGCGUGCUGGACGGAGUGGAAGCUCCAUUUCGAUGUGUACGCAAUAUGAUCUUGAGAUCUAUGCUCGUAUCGAGGCUGCCUUGGGCAAAAAGUUACCAGAAUACCCUGCACCUCGAGAAGAAGUUAUGGUUUACCGCGAACGGGUCGAAGAAGCGCAAAGGCACUCUCGAAACGAGAUGAAGAAUCUGAUGGAUGACCGGGGAAACAAAGGGUCUGUCCUGAGCGGUCGUAAGGCCGGCCAAAGCGCUAUGAAGAGACGUCGUGACAACAUGGACGCUGAAGAAGGCUAAGACCUUGUAUUAUGGAUGCAUUGCAAACGAGACACAUAUCGAGAAAAAUAGGCUCGUGCAAAGGAAGUGUUACGGAUAAAAGUGGCAUGGCUAUGGUUUAAAUAGCUAGAUUGGACGGAAGAGAUCUGGCAUUUGACCACUUAAUACUAAACUAAAUUUUAUUGAAAAUGUAAACUUCGACCAGGCUGUAUCCUCUGUGUGCUCAGACGGGCACGUAGUAUGUGCUGUUUAGACAACAACUCCUAAGACAGGCCGUUAUCUAAUAG